AUGAACAGAGGAAAUAUAUACGAAAUGGACUAUGAUGAUGUAACCUACAGUAUAUAAAAUGAUGAUUAGGACGUAUCAGGCUUAAGUUCUGGUUUAGCAAAUUGCAUUAAUCUCUCAAAUUUGACACUUAACCUUGGUCACUAUUAAAUUGAUGCAAUGGGUGCAUCAGUUUUAGGUUCUGCUAUAGCAAAUUGCAUUCAUCUCUCAAAUUUGACACUUAAUCUUGAAAGCAAUGAAAUUGAUUACGAAGGUGUAACAGGCUUAGGAUCUGCUUUAGGAAAUUGCUAUAAUCUCUAAAAUUUGACACUUGACCUUAGUUACAAUGAAAUUGAUGAAAUGGGUGCAUCAGUUUUAGGUUCUUCUUUAGCAAAUUGCAUUAAUCUCUAAAAUUUGAAACUUUAUCUUGGUGGCAAUUAACUUGAUGAAAAAAUUGCAUCAGGCUUAGGUUCUGCUUUAGCAAAUUGCAAUAAACUCUCAAAUUUGACACUUGAUCUUACAGUCGGUUUAUUCGGUUUAUUUGGUAGAAUGGGUGUAUCAGGUUUAGGCUCUGGUUUAACAAAUUGCAUUAAUCUCUCAAAUUUGACACUUAAUCUUUCAAGAAAUAACAUUGGUGACGAACGUGCAUCAGGCUUAGGUUCUGCUUUAGCAAAUUUUAUCAAUUUCUCAAAUUUUACACUUGAUCUUCAUGGCAAUUAAAUUGGUGCAAUGGGUGCAUCAGACUUAGGUUCUGGUUUAGCAAAUUGCAUUAAUCUCUCAAAUUUGACACUUGAUCUUCAUGGCAAUUAAAUUGGUGCAAUGGGUGCAUCAGACUUAGGUUCUGCUUUAGCAAAUUGCAUUAAUCUCUCAAAUUUGACACUUAACCUUGGUGACAAUAAAAUGGAUGAAAAAGGUGCAUCAAGCUUAGUUUCUGCUUUAGCAAAGUGCAUUAAUCUCUCAAAUUUAACUCUUAAGCUUAGUAAAAAUUAAAUUGGUUAAAAAGGUGCAUCAGACCUAGGUCCUGCUCUAGCAAAGUGCAUUAAUCUCUCAAAUUUGACACUUGAUCUUAGUCGCAAUGAAAUUGGUGCAAUGGGUGCAUCAGGCUUAGGCUCUGGUUUAUAAAAUUGCAUUAAUCUCUCAAAUUUGACACUUAACCUUGAUGGCAAUUAAAUUGGUAAAAUGGGUGCAUCAGACUUAGGUUCUGCUUUAGCAAAGUGCAUUAAUCUCUCAAAUUUGACACUUGAUCUUAGUUACAAUUAAAUUGGUGACAAAGGUACAUCAAGCUUAGGUUAUGCUUUACCAAAGUGCAUUAAUCUCUCAAAUUUGACACUUGAGCUUAAUAACAAUUAAAUUGGUGACAAAGGCAUUUCAAGCUUAGGUUCUGCUUUAGCAAAGUGCAUUAAUCUCUAAAAUUUGUCACUUGAUCUUAAAUCCAAUAAAAUUAGUGAUGAAAGUGCAUUAGCCUUAGGCUCUGCUUUAGCAAAUUGCAUUAAUCUCUAAAAUUUGACACUAUACCUUGAAUAUUCAUGGAAUUAAACAUAAAAUUACAAAGUAAAAAGCAAGUGUCUUAAAUCAAAAAGAUUAGUUGUCUUUAAUCAUGAUAUCUUUUGAUAAACAACUGGUGAAAAAAAAAUGAAUAAAUAUUAAAUGUUUGAAUAAUUGAAUAUUAUAUAUUUUGUUAUUUUAUAUUUUGUAAAAGUUUUUAAACCCAAAAUAAAAAUUGAUAGAUAGAUAG